AAUUUCUACAGUCACCACCCUGCCUGCCUUAAUUUCGUCACUUCUCCAACUGAAGACAAAAGAGGGUUUUUGCAGACACCAUGGAUACGGAGAAGGAGCGAGAUCGCCAUGUUUACUUUGCUAGAAUUGCAGAGCAAGCCGAGAGAUACGAUGAGAUGGUCGAAGCAAUGAAAUCUAUUGCAAAGAUGGAUGUGGAUCUGACUCUGGAAGAGAGAAACUUGUUGUCUGUUGGAUAUAAAAAUGUGAUUGGAGCAAGAAGAGCAUCGUGGAGGAUAUUGUCAUCUAUUGAACAAAAGGAAGAGGGCAAGGGUCAUGAGCAAAAUGCGAAAAAGAUAAAGGAUUAUAGAAAGAGGGUGGAAGAUGAGCUUACGAUAAUAUGCAAUGACAUACUUUCUACAAUCGAUUCCCACUUGCUCCCAUCAUCAAAAUCUGGAGAAUCUGCUGUCUUCUAUCAUAAGAUGAAGGGGGAUUACUUCCGUUACUUAGCUGAAUUUAAAUCAGGGAAUGAUCGUAAGGAGGUUACAGAUCAGUCGCAUAAAGCUUACGAGGCUGCAACUGCUAUUGCUACAUCUGAUCUGCCACCUACGCAUCCAAUCAGGCUUGGUUUGGCUUUGAACUUCUCGGUCUUUUACUACGAGAUAUUGUACUCCCCUGAAAGGGCGUGCCAUAUGGCUAAACAGGCAUUUGAUGAGGCUAUCACCGAACUUGAUACACUGGAUGAAGAAUCGUACAAGGACAGCACUCUAAUUAUGCAGUUGAUUAAGGAUAAUCUUACUCUUUGGACCUCGGAUAUUUCAGAAGAGGGAGCGGCAGGUGAACACUCCAAGGCGGGAGAACCUCAAGGCAGGCCAGAUAGCAAAUAAAGCAAUCACAAUUCACAGCGAGCUAGCUUAAAGUAGAUGAUUAAGAGACUACAAUAGCUGCUCCUGAGAAUGGUGGAAUUGCUUAGCAAGAAGAGUCUUUAUGGUUUUGCAUAAAGAUAAGUAACCGUUGGCUUGUUUCUUUUCAUCCAUGUUAUAAAUGUCAAAGAGUCUCAGAGAUUAUUCUAGAGUUAGCCUUCUCUUCUUUCUUUCUUUCAUGAAUACAUCUAUGUUUUCUGGUGUCAUGAUUCUUGUUGAAUCCUUGGUAUAUACAUAUACAUUGUGUGUUUGUUUAA